CUUCACUGUAUUACUUCACUGUAUUACUUCGCUGUAUUACUGUACUUACUACCCACUGUAUUCCUGUAUUCCUACAUCAUGAACCAUUCACAGCAGGCAGUUUCCAAGGACAUUCAUCUCAAAGAUAAAGAAACAUACGAAGUUCAAUCGCAGUUGGUGUAUCGAGAGAUCCUAAGCAGUGCCAGUUUCAACACCUUCCAGAAUCCAGAGGCUCCAGCCAGUCCCAUAAUCAUCACCAAGAAUGACCUGAUCAAACGAAGAGUGAAUCAAGUCAUCAAACAACUCGAGGUAAAUCACCAGAUCUUGUUAACCGCCAAGUCCAACGGUAUACCCAAAUUGAUCAGUAUAGUUGAAAUAGUCAAGACUCAAACCAAGGCAGAACAGUAUAAUUCGAUGCAGAGAAGCAAAAGCUAUACCAAUCCCAACUAUAAUCAUAACAAAAGCACUCUUAAGCAAAAGAGUAAUAUAUUUGAAGGACUCGAUGCCGAUUCCGAAGACGAAGACCGCCCAUUGCACACCCACAAAACGUUCCAGCUCCCCAUCUUGAAUAUCUUAUUGGUGGAGCCCCAAGCAGGCCAACCCCAGCGUCAGAAAGACCUUCCCCGUUGGACUUACCAGGAUAAUUAGAUGAAGCUAGUUAAGCACUAGUGAAUACAGGUGUACGGGUCCAUGUCACGUGCCACACUCGAACCAAUCAAAUUCAGUGAUUUGAAAAAAUCGUAAGACUUCGCAGUACAUUUUUAUCAAAGAUGAAUUUUUAAAGCAUUUCGAAUUUAUAGAUACAACAUUGAAUAUACUAAUAAACACGGCAAGAUGGGUAACUUUGACUUAGAAACCUUUAAGAUGGAAACUCCACAAUUUGAUCCAAGAUUUCCAAAUCAAAAUCAAACCAAACAUUGUGCUCAAUCUUAUAUUGAUUAUCAUAAAUGUGUUAAUGUUAAAGGAGAAGAAUUUGAACCAUGUCAAAUUUUUUUCAAAACUUUUACUUCGUUAUGUCCAGUUGAUACUGUU